ACCAGGACCAGGACCAGGACAGGGACCAGGACCAGGACCAGCACCAGGACCAGGACCAGGACCAGCACCAUGUCUCGGGCGGAAGAGCGCGAGGAGGCGGACUGUGUGUGUUCGGUCGGGAUGAAGGUCACGUGGGACAUCAACGACCCCAAACUACCGCAGGACACAAAGCAGUUUGACCCAUUCCAGGAGUGGACAGACGGUUACGUUCGAUACAUCUACAGCGCUGACGAUAAGAACGCUCAGAGGCAUCUCUCCGGCUGGGCGAUGAGGAACACCAACAACCACAACUGUCAGAUCCUGAAGAAGUCGUGUCUGGGCGUCGUGGUCUGCUCUCGCGGCUGCUCGCUGCCGGACGGCUGCCGGCUGACGCUCCGCCCCGCCAUCUGCGACAAGGCCCGGCAGAAACAGCAGAAGAAGCUGUGUCCGAGCUGCAGUGCCGGCCUGGAGCUGCUGCCGUGUCGCGGUCACAGCGGUUACCCAGUCACCAACUUCUGGAGAGUCGAUGGAAAGGCCAUCUUCUUCCAGGCUAAAGGGGUCCACGAUCAUCCCAGACCAGAGUCCAAGUCGGAGACCGAAGCCAGAAGGAGUUCGGUGAAGAGACGAGUCAGCUCACCACCUUUCACACCCAAGAGACGACUCAUCGAAACGCAGGCUCUGGGCCCUGCCCUCGUCUCCUGUGUCGAUCCAUCAGACAGAAUCUCCUUCAUUGAGCCCAAUUUCCCGCAGCAUUACCCAGCAUUCCAGAGCCCAGAGCCCUACUACAACCCCCACAAUGCACUAGGAGAGGCCCCACCCACACUGCAGAAACCGACCAAUCCCAGGCUUUACAUGGGUCGGCCCGGCUACGAGUUCCAAGGAUACCUGACCUCGCCUUCGUAUCCCAUGACGUCGGACUUCUGUGACCCAAGGGUGGCUCCGGUCCUGGGCUCCUCCUCUUCCUCCACAUCCUCGUCGGCUCCUCUCUCCUCACCCUGUUCCUCCUUCGACCCCCAGACCAAGUCUCCUGCAGGCUGGAAGGAGCUGCUGAAGAACUCCGCCCCUUACAGCGACAACCACCAUUACUACAGUGCAGAGUACCCGUGCCGCUACCCCACCAACGCCCCUGGAUCCCCUGCCGCAUUGCAGACCAUCAUCACCACAACAACCAAGGUCUCCUAUCAGCCCUGUCCGAAGCCGCCUGCUGUGCUCCCUUCAUACCAGUCGUGUACUAAACCUUCCACCGGCCUCCCGUCCUAUCAGCCCUGUGCUCCUCCAAAACCUCCAGGCCUCCUCGGUUGCUCCUCUCUGCUGGAAGAUCCCUCUUCCUCGUACUCCACCGAGGUGAAGGUCACGGAGGAGUCGGGUGGAGUCAUCAAGUCUCUGUCGUUUCAGCCCGAACCUCUGCAGACCAAAACAGAGCGGUCCGACGGCUACGACUACCGCUACACAUACCCCAACACGUACCGCUAUGACGACUACUGAGGCAGCACUACCUCCACCUUAAAUCCUGUUACCCCCACUACCGCUACACAUACCCCAACACGUACCGCUGUGACGACUACAGAUGCAGCACUACCUCCACCUUGAAUCCUGUUACCCCCACUACCGCUACACAUACCCCAACACGUACCGCUGUGACGACUACUGAGGCAGCACUACCUCCACCUUGAAUCCUGUUACCCCCACUACCGCUACACAUACCCCAACACGUACCGCUAUGACGACUACUGAGGCAGCACUACCUCCACCUUGAAUCCUGUUACCCCCACUACCGCUACACAUACCCCAACACGUACCGCUAUGACGACUACAGAUGCAGCACUACCUCCACCUUGAAUCCUGUUGAACCACAGGCGGACCUUCUGAACGACUCCUGUAACUGGACGGUUCAGGAGCUGACAGGAUUUGGAUCAUCAGGACAAAACUCGAACUGAAGCAAAACUUGAGCCCAUGAGAAAGUUUUGUAGAUAUUUGUGGAGUUCCCAAAGAAGAUCCUUUUCAAGCUCUUGAAAACACAAUAUUGGAAUGAGAAUAAAGUGAGAUCUUAAAAACAGGGUUCUGUUGGAUAAAAAUGCCACAACAGAAGAGCCAACUUUGUGUUUCUGGAGCUUUCAGGCACAUUUCAUUUAAUGUUUUUUAUAGUUUUCCCAUGACUUGAAUGUGGAAUAUCGAUACAUAGUGAAAAUGGUAUCUGCAGUCAGAUCAGUUAUCAUGUGAGUGAGGUGUGUCACUUCCUUUAAGGUCCUCAGAAGUGAGGUGUGUCACUUCCUUUAAGGUCCUCAGAAGUGAGGUGUGUCACUUCCUUUAAGGUCCUCAGAAGUGAGGUGUGUCACUUGCUUUAAGGUCCCCAGAAGUGAGGUGUGUCACAUCCUUUAAGGUCCUCAGAAGUGAGGUGUGUCACUUGCUUUAAGGUCCCCAGAAGUGAGGUGUGUCACUUCCUUUAAGGUCCCCAGAAGUGAGGUGUGUCACUUCCUUUAAGGUCCUCAGAAGUGAGGUGUGUCACUUCCUUUAGGGUCCCCAGAAGUAAAGAAGGUAUAUCACGUGACAACAAACCCCCAGUCUGUCGAGGAAAACCAUGAGAUGUGGCCGAAAGCUUCAACACCACAACAGCAAUGUAACUUUGGUGAAUUUAUGGUCAAACUGUUGUUUCCAAAGACAAGUAUGAACCUUUAAAAUCAGAAUUCCGUUAUGUCAAACCAUAACAUAAUUAUCACAAAAAAACAGGUCUUGUUUUAUGUUUGAUCAUAUUUGAGUAAGAAGCCUCCUGAUUUCUGAAAUGAUGAUUUAAUAUAUUUAAUAUGGCAUCUUCUCCAAAGGUGUUUUGAUGUCAGUGCAUUCAGAUGGUACAAUGAACUUAUCAUGAUGUAUGUUUUCUAUUGUUUGGGUUAUUUAUCAAACCUGCAGUAUGAAACACAUUGAACCGUUUCUGAAUUAAAAAAAAUAACUGAAUCAAACAGUUGUUGACUGAAGAGAUCUGUGAGAUGAAAAGAUGUUAAAAGUUCUCACGUUAAUGUAAAGUAACGUCUCACAUUAAACAA